UAUAUGUAUAUAUAAUUCAAUUUUGAGUUCAUAUUAGUUUAAAAUCAUUAUUUAACAUGACAGUAUAUUUACGUCUCUUCCAUGCUGAAAAUAAGGAUACAAAUGCAUAUCCCACUUGGGUAUUAAUUAUAGUACUAUAUUUAUAGUGUACGUAUUAAAAUGACACCCACACCACUCCCAGACCGCGGCAGCAAAAAGGUCAGUUCCCCCUCGCCCCCCGGUCGCCGAGUCCCUGCCUCCACCUCUAUAACCACCGCCGGGGGACAGAGGUUGAACAAGUCAGCCGCUCUUGUGGACACCGCCGACCGCUAUGGCCUCGACUCCCUCCGCCUCGGCCCUCACCUCCGUGCUCCGGUGUCGCGGGACUCUGUGGACCAGGAAUACGCCAAGCAAGCGGAGCUCUCCCUCUGCUUACGGCCCCGCGCUGGCCGCCGGACCUCGGCCCGACUUCGGCCGCAGAGAGAGCUUUUUGUCGGCGUUCGGACUGGCGGUGCGUUACGACUCAUCACUGCGGGUGAGCAGCGAGGACCACCGUUUUAGGGAUUCGCCAAGAGGCGUGCCGCAGGCAGUCACUCACCCUGCGGCGCCCCGCUCCCCCGAAGAGAGCACCGGGCGGCCUGGAGUAGCUCGUCAACCCGCUGCUGGCGUCGUCGUCACCCGGCUGCUUCGACCGUGUCAAAUUAACGUGUUUAUUAGGGACGCAUGUGAGCAUCCGUGUGAGCUUUGGGGAGUGUGCCGUGACGGGGUAGAAGAGACGCCGUCUUUCGUGGAGGCCAGAUGGGCGACUUUGAGGAGCACCUGCCGCUCUCUCAAACUUCUGCUAACCCACAUUGUGCUACGGAGGCUGGCCGUGCUGUGCGGAUGCGACAGGGGGCGCCAUCGGAAGGUCGGGUCGCAGGGGCAGUAGCUUUAGCAGGGAAGCCCAGACUUCCCUCUCCGCCCAGAAGGCGGGGGGAGGCUACCCUCUCGUCCACCGGGGUGGACCCCAAUGUACAGGCGCCGAGCCGGGGGGCAAUAAGUAUACCCACACCUGCUUAGCGCCUCUCACCUUGGGCAACUUCAGAGUGGAAGAGAGACCAACCCCUCUCAAGAGGACUGGUACCAGAGUCCAAAGCUGUGUGGAGGCGAGCCCCACUAUAUCUAGUCGAAACUUCUCGACCUGACACACCAGCUUGCGCUCCUUCCCUGCCAGAGAGGUGACGUUCGACGUCCCGAGAGCCAGCUUCUGUAGCCGGGGAUCGGAUCGCCAAGGUCCCUGCCUUUGGCCACCGCCCAGCUCACACUGCGCUCGACCCUUAUGGCCCCUCCCACAGGUGGUGAGCCCAUGGGAAGUAUUAAUAUUGCAAAAACUAUAUUAAUAUUGCUAAAAUAUUUGACCACAAAUACAAAAAUAUUAGAUGUCACUGAUAUAUUUUAAAUAAUACAAAAAAUAGACCAUACAUAUUUGAAUAUAAUCUAAAAACUUCCACAAAAAAGGAUGGGAAAAGACUAUAAAAAAUACUAAACAAAACGAAACAAAUAAAGAAAUAUUUGAAACAAUAGACAAUACUUGACUAAAAAUAUUACAAAGUAAUAAAAAAAUAUUAGACAAAUACAAAGAUAUUUGAUGAAAAAAUGUUAGCACUUUAUACUGACAUUACACCCAAAAUAGAAAAAAAUAAUACACAAAUAUUAAAUGGGGGGGGAAACACAAUAGAAAAGAAUACAAAAAUAUUUCAAAGAUACAAAGACAUUAGAGAGUAAUCCAGAAGUAUUGCUAGUGAGGAUAAGCGGUAUGGAAAAUGAAUGAAUUUACCAAAAAUAUUGGAUGACAAUUACCAAACAACAAAAAUAUUAGCUAGAAAAAAGAUUAGUAAUAUCAGGAAAAUAUUGAAUGAAAAAUAUUUAUAAACAAUACAAAAUAUUAGACUAAAAAUACAAACAUUAGAAGAAAAAUAUUUUAAAAGAAUACUAUAAAUAUUACAAAUUGGCUGAAAAACAACUACUAUUACACAAAAAAUAUUUGAUAUCAAAUGAAAUGAUACCAUGCAGGUAGUAGUUGAUAUAUAUUUAUUUUGUUAACAUUUGAGAAUUGUUUUACUCUUAAGUGAAAUAUUUACAUAAUAACCAAGUAGAAUGUACAAAAUAGCAAUCAUUCAAGCUGUUGUACGCUAUAAUCAAAAAGUGUAUUUAGCAAGCACCUUUAAUGUAUGAAAUGUAAAUAUUUGCAUAAAAUCUAUUUAUCUUUUUCAUUUAUUUGUUUUCUGCCAGAUUGAGAGAGAUGAGUCCGGACAGAGGAUCCCGAAAAACGGAUUUGACUAACAGUCCUUCCCCUUGAACUUUAAAGACUGUGACCCCUGUCUUUGUGUGUGUGUGUGUGUAAGUAAUUUUACACGAAACGACCUCAACAUUAGAUCCACCUACAGUACUAUUUGGUUAUCUUGUGUCCACAGCUGUAACACGUGGUAGUGCGGGUGUACCUAAAAGUGCACCCUUCACUACUUGUAUUUUGCACAUUUGGACUUCAAACUACAGUAUUGAGCAAAAAGGUUUGUGAAUUCUGUUGGGGAACGCAGAGAAAUACUUGCAACAAGAGGUAAAAAAAACAAAAUGUCUCUGUCAUUGACUGAUAUGAUGAUAAUGUGUGUGUAUGUGUGGAAUAAGUGCCUUCAAUCUUUAAAUCACACUUUAAAAAUCAUUUUUACAAUUGAGCCUCUGAGAACUACAGAGGGCUAACACAAUUUUUGUCAUUUUGCAGAAGAGUGAGCAUUUUAUGGAUGCAGUUAAGUCUGGGGGAUUUGUAAGGCAAUGAA